UAUGAAUGUGUGUUCAGCAGCAGCAGCAGCGGAUGAUCACGAUCGAUUAAUCCCAGUUUCUUUUUUUGUAAUUGCAGUACAGAACCCUGUCAAACGAUAUCAAUAUUUGGUGAAGACGUGCGAUGUUUCUAUUCCCUAAAAGGACGACCACAGGAGCAUGAGUGAUCUUUGCUGCUGCGAAUAUAUCGACUCGGAUGGACAGAGAAAUCACCUGUUGGCCUGCUGCUGCAACUGUCAGGAUUUGGAUGAAGGUUUUGAAGGAUUAGUCUCUGGUACUGGAAUCGCUGAGACGAACAAGAAGCAGUUGAUUAUAACUGCAAGGGACAGGAUGAGGGUGCCCUGGCUCGGGGGCGCGCGCCUCCUCAAUCCAAGCGUCGCUCUGCCCAUAGUUCUUCUGCCUUCGUUCCUGCUGAUGGCCACACUCAAUCUCGAACUGACUCUGCUGUCGUUCUCAUUGCUGGUGCUCUGUCUGCUCGGCUUGUACAAGUAUUGGUUGGAAUCGAUGCCGCGGAUUUUCCUGAUGUGGUCCAUCUCCUCUCUAGUCAUCCUCUAUGUGGUGUAUGAAGUAAUCGUCGUUUCGUUCCUCAUGAUACUGCUGGAGGAGAACAUUGGAUUGUCCGUCGUGAUGUUUGCUGCCAUAUACCUGGCGUACAGAACGAAACUGAUCGUGAUCAGAAUGAAGGAACCGAUAUUCUCCACUCGUGGAUCGUCCGCGGAGAGGAGCGGCUUCUGCAACGUCUGCCAAAUAUAUCGGCCCGAUGGAACUCAACAUCAUUAUUGGAUUGAUAGCUGCAUAAUUCCAAACUGCAACAAAAUCCAUUACAUCGGUUGCCUGAUCUGCACGUUCGUCGCUCUCAUCUACAGUUCAAUGUUAACAUUGACUUCAGUCUGCCAUCCCUUCAAGUUUGUUUUCGUGCUGCUACCGGACGACUGCAGCGAUGUUUACCAGCAGAUAGAGAUGAGUCUUUCAUUUGUGACUGCAAUAUACAGCCUGCUUCUAGCGGCAUUCAUUAUGUGGCAGCUGAUCUGCACACUGUUCCAAUGCAGGCGGCAGUUCAGGUUGCCCAAUAAGAUGCUGCGUGUGAUUUUCAACAAGCACACUUUGUUUCAACAGCAGCAGCAUUACGAACAGACCAACAGAACAUGAAACACUUUUAAGAAUUUAAUUGAAAUUCAUUUAUAAUAAUAAUUAAAAAAAAAAAGAA